AUGGAGCAGUCUGACGAGCUGAUUCGUAGGAUACUUGAUGAGAGAGCGCUAGAGGCGCUUGGGACACUGAAGCAUGUGAGCAAGGAAAGGGGAGAGCAGCUGCAGAGGGCGCUUGUACAGCAUUUUUAUGCAGUACGCCGACCAAUAUGCUAUGAAGAGUAUGCUGAUAUUGCAAAGAGGAUUGGAGAUGAGUGCACGAAGGCGUCUGUUGAUAUUCGACGAAAGGGGAGUUUUUUUGAUUUAGACGAGCUGUGA